AUGCUGUUCAACAAGUCCAUCAUCGCCUUCGCCGUCAUGGCCCUGGCCAACGUCGUGGCUGCUGGUACCGGCACCCUCCAGACCCCCGCUUGUGUCCUCGAGAUCAUUGGUGGCACCGACAACCCCGGCGACUCCAAGGCUAUCUGUGGCGCCGACGCCAGCAAGAUCCAGGCGCAGAUCGCCAAGGAAUGCGGCGACAAGGAUGUGAAGUUCUUCGUCAACAACUGCGCCCAGCUCGGCCACAAAGUUGAGACCGUUAGCACCACCGGAGAGCACACUGCCACCGGCACCUCUGGCGCCGCCACUGCCUCUGGUUUCGUCACCGCUGCCUCCUCCGGUCACCCUGCUACCCAGACUGGUUCCUCGGCUCAAGCUACUGGUACCUCCAGCUCCGGCUCCGGCUCCAGCUCUGGUUCUGGCUCUAGCACUGGUUCGUCCUCUGCCUCUGGCACUGGCUCCGCUGGUUCGUCUCCUUCGCCUACCUUCAACGCCGCUGCCUCUGAUCGCAAGUUCGAUGCCACCACUUUCGCUGCCGCGGUCUUCAUCGGUGCGGCCGCUUUGCUGUAA